AGUCCCACGGACGUGAUAUCACGUUAAUACAUAAAAUUGAUAAAAGUGUCGUAAGACUCAGAAUCAAGUAAAUUCCUCAAAAAAUAGCAUCGUGGAGUGGUGUUCAAGCAAUUAACAUAUAACCCUGACAUAAUUCUUUAUUAAGGAAUUUAAGGAAAAUAAGUUUAACCAGACUAAGGGACGAGAAGAAUUAUUGGGCUCAAAAUGCUAAAUGCGGCCCUGAUUACAUUAUAUGUUUUUCGGCAAAUUUUUGUUACAUAAUACUCGUUCAUACUUAUCGAAGCACCCUCGUAUUAUUAGAGCUUACUUAUGGUUUUGAUUCUAAUUAAUUAGUGUUCUAUAUUUUAAUUGUAUCAUCGUCAGUUUACUAUUUAUUCAAAUACUGUUUGAGAUUUCCGUUUUAUUUAUACAUUACAUUUCUGGUAGGAAGUUCUAAGCUAUAUAGCAGGAAGAGCGUGGUUAUAUAGCUCACAGUGUAUUUUUACAAUCAUUGCCUAACCAGUUUAAAAUUGUAUUUAGAUUCUUUGAUUAUUCAUUAGAAUUAUUGAGAAAACAUUGUAUCUUAAUCUUACGAUUGAAAUUGAUAUUUUCAUUGCAGAUUGAUAUCUUUAUAACAUUACAUUUUUUGUUUACCCGAAAAUUUUAGAUAUAAAAUACACGUCCGUAUUUAUCGAAUCACCCUCGUACAAUCACACUUAACAUAUUGCUUUGAUUUUGAUUGAUUAAUGAACCCUACUAUAUUUUAAUUGUAUGUGCACGAUUUUUGAAUCAUAGUUUUCAGAUUUUCCUUUUAUUAUGAAAUCCGAUUUUCUAAAUACAUUUCUGGUUGAAAGGUAUUGGAAAUUGGAGCUAUAUUCUACGAAGAGUGUGGCUAUAUACCUAACAGAAUGCUUUUAUAAGGAUGCAAAAUGCAUAACUAUUUUAAAAUAGAUCGAUCAUAUUUAGAUUGAGAAUAAGGAACAUCAAUUUAUUGAGAAAACAAUUAAUUUUAACCUGAUAAUAAAAUAAUCAAAAUUCAUUCUAAUUUUUUGCGUUAUGCACAGAUUUGAAGUUCAAUGUUCUCAAUGCCCAGAGUUGCCAAAAUGCUGUGACGCUCUUUUGCGCAACCGCCCUGUCGAUUCUCUUUGUUUGUCGUUUCAUUUGAAAUAUCCGUUAUUAGAGCUUGGAUUCUUUCACUGAUGCUGUUUGGUCAUUCAUCGACUGGAAGGUAGAGUGUAACAAGCUUGUGAGCCGGUUGUCAUAAACAGAAGCCAAGCCAAGCUUUCUAUAUCAAUAUACAAAACAAAUUUGUUUUCUACACUUGUGGUGAAUUAAAAUAUUCAAAAUGUCUGAUGAAGAGGUACAAACUACCAAAAAAGGACGCAAACCUGCAGCAGAAACCACAAAACGUACUAAAAAGGAUACUAAAGCUGAUGCUGAAGAUGCUCCGGUGGUGAAAAGAGGUAGAGGUAGACCGAAAUCAACAGUGAAGAAAGAUACAAAGAAAGAAACAAAAGAAAAAAAAGAGACAAAGUCCAAAACUAACGGAGUGAGCAAACGCGGUAGGAGGCGAAAGGAAGAAAAAGAAGAAUCGACCGAAGAAGAAAACGGUGAAAAAAGCAGCGAAAAUGAGGAGGAGGAAGAAGACGAGUAGACAUUUUCGAUUACUUAUUUGAUAUAUCAUUAAUUACUUGAUAUUAAAUGUAUGUAGGAUAAAUUAUAAAUUGUAUUUAGGUUAUUUUAGAAUAUAAUUCAUAAGAAGAAUACUCUGCAUCUCCUAUAAUUACAAUUUUCAAUAUUUCGCGUGACUUCUGUAUAACAGUAGACUGAAAUACAUUUUGUAUAUAUA